AUGGAGCACUCGCCGACUACUCUCUCGUCCUCGAUGAGGGCCUCGCAAUCGACUGCAGCAUUCGACAAGAUAUCUCACAGUCCCCAGACACCAUCAUCGUCUCCGCCCAUACGAGGCACGCCUCUCGUCUCCCGUCCACCUAAAUCCCCGCCUCUUACGCCUACAUCCAGAUGGAAUCCCGCCUUCCUGCCCGCCUCUGAUUUUGCCACUACACUUUCGGUAAGGACGCGGCAAAACUCAGGAGACCGGUUCGAGGCUCCUUCUAGGUCGUGCAGUAGUAACAGUUUUGAGGCGAGCCUUAAUGGUUCGCCUACCAGCCCAAGAACUCUACGGCUGUCGCCCAAUUGCUCGCCAGUCAUCUUGACUGCACUCAAGCCAGCUUCGUCUCCUCCACUCGAACCCUCGUCGCUGUCCUAUCCUGGCCAGAGCUAUCAGCCACCGGGCCAGCGAAGCCCGGGCAGCCUGAGCUCCCCUCGUAUGCGCCGAACCUCAAGUCUGGAGUCUCCGGUGCGAGAUCCUUAUCGAUUUCGGACACCCAACGCGUUAGGCAAGGGAGCGAAGAGCGAGCACCAUGCACAGCCGGACGACGUUAAAGAGGCCGAUGACGGAACAUCCAAACACGGAUAUCAGCCAGUUCAUCAAUCCUAUCAAUCCCACCAGUCCAGCCCGCUGAUGCAAACACAAGUACCUUUGGAUAACAUGGCGUACCCAUCAGUGGAGGACCAUCAGGAUCCUCGACCGGAUCCUUAUCGUUCAGCAUACUCUCAGCAACAGCAGUAUCAACAGCAGCACCUGUCCCAUGGAGCAUUCUCUCCUUACCAUGAGUCUCAGAGGCUGUCUGAGGAGGCGAAUCUCACACCUUACGAUUCAAGGCAGUCCUUCAACAGCAGCAACGGCACCUAUGCUGGGGGUCAACGGUAUCCAAUGCAGGCCCUACCUAGCCAGGGCUCCAAUCAACCCAUGUCAAGGUCCUACCAUCAACAGACAGGAACAACUCCCGCAUCAAGUGAAUUCGGAGGCCAGAGUGACCGGUAUCGGGAUCACACCAAUGGUAGUGCCAUGGGUUUGACUACCCAUCAACCCUCUGCGACUCAGGAUCGGUUUAAACAGGAGGCAGAAGAGGAUGAGGAUGCAGAGAUCCUGCGGAAGCUUUCACGAUCGGGUGCUCGAAGUUACCGCAGUAACAGCGGCCAAUCCAUGAACGGAAAAAAACCAGGCGGUGGGAAGAAGAAAAAGUACGGCCGGCACUCGUCAUCCGAGGACUCUGAGGAGGAAGGACAAGAGCGAGGGACGAUGAGACAGAGGGCUUCGAAACGAUGUUUUUGUUGUUCAAGGCGGCUGUGCGUAUACCUGUCGUUCGUCCUCUUAAUCUGUCUGGCAGUGGUGCUUUACUUUAUUGUACCGAGAUCUCCUGGCUUCAGCUUUGAGUCUGUGGCGGCGUUGGGACCACCGGUCGUGUCAGGGAACCAAUUCCAGGAACCGUUCUCGCUUCAGAUGAGAGUGGAUAGUAGAGAAAACUAUUUGCCUGUGAAAUUCACUUCUAUCGAGAUGAAUGUAUGGCUGAAAAUCGACCAGACAAAGAUCGGUAACAACGAUAACCUCCCGUCUAGGUUCGUGAUCAAGCCGAAGACGGUCCAGGUGAUCUCGGUCCCGAUGAUGCUCGACUAUACCUCGCUCAAAAUCGACACCAACGCGGACGGGACGCUGCAGGAACUGAUCAGUGCGUGCAAACCAGUGGACCUCAAUUCUGGAACGAUAGUACAGGGAAUCAACCUUACAUUCGGUGGCAAGCUGAAGGUCUGGGGUUUGUCCUGGGUCUGGAAACCAGAGUUCAGCUUCAACGUCGAUAGUGUUCCCUGUCCCAUUAACGCAAGAGAUCCUUCGGCGGAACCGGUCGUGGUACCACAACCGCAACCGCAGCCAUCUUCGAGUACAGGGGGCGCAACGACUGCAAGUGCGAGUCGUACGGCACCAGGAUCUUCAUCAUCGCAAUCUACACCCACUGCUACAGGGUCCUUAGCGUCAUCGCAUAUUGCACCCACUCCUACUGCUUAA